GUUUCAGAAUUCGUGAUAUGCUCACAUCGAAAACUUGGAUAAUCCAGACAAUCAAUUUUUAAACGAAAAAAAAAAACUUCAAAUUUCUCUUGGGAAACUCCCCGCUUUUCCAAAAAACAAUUCCAAAACGGCGCCCGUGAUGCGAAAGUACGAACCCCGAAAAGGUGCAGACGACGAAGAAUCUUCCUAUUUGGAACAAUCGAAUAGUCCGGCACUGGCGUGUCCCGCGCCAAUUUUCGCUCCAGCGCCACAGCGCGCUUCUCCUUGGCCGGCCGCGUUGGCCUCUCCCCAACAGACGACGUUCACUAGUCCUACCGGCCUAUCAUCAUCUGGUCCGUCUGCGUUCACCGCGGUCUCCCCGACCAACUCGGCGAACUCGCUGACCACAUCCACCGCCACCAUCUAUAACCGAUUGAUGUGCAUUCCCAAAUUGCUGCAAGAGAUCUCGAACAAUAAAGUCCUUCGUACCAGGAUGAACAAUACAGCUUAUAAGCCAAUCCCAAAUAAUGAAAAAGUGGAUCUCGCUCGGUUUCGUGUAAAAGAUCCCAAUGAAUGGCUGGUCGACGACGUUGUAGCGUGGAUGCUAGAUGUUGCGAAACGACAUAAUAUUCCAUUUGAAGAGAUGAAUAUGCAUAAAUUCGCAAUGCUCUCGGGUCAAGAAAUGCUAACGAUGAGCGAGCGAUGCUUCAUCGAGAGGGAUCCGGUCUUUGGAAAUUUGAUUUUCAACGAGUUCAGAAAGACGUUGGAAAACUCAGAAGACACAACUCUUGAUACUGUCAUUGGGCCAUUUGUGGACGAUGAAAUUGCGACAACCAGUGCACCACCUACGAUCGUUGAUAUGACUUCCUUGGGAUUACAACCAAUGAUUAGCAGUAUCACAUGCACAAUUCAGCCUCCUCUUCAACAUCCAACGCCACACCUUGCUCCGCUACCUGUUAUGCAACAUCAGCUAAACAAUUUGAGCAGUCUAACUCAAGUGCUCUCUCAACAGACAUUUAACACUACAAUUCUCACACCCCAGCAAACUGCCAACGCCGUUCAAUCGCUCAAUCAAUCUUUGGCGUCCAGCAUUGCAGCAGGCUUGACCAGUAGUCUCAGUCCAUUAGGAGUCAACUAUCAGCUAUCAAGCCGGUUAAACCCCGCGUCACCGCUUCUCAGUGCGCCGAUCCAACCAAAGUUGUCGCCAAUGCUCAAAUAUUCAUGCACGAUCAACACCGAAUACGAAGUGCCAGAAGAAAGGUCGGCUGAAAGCAGUGACUUGAAAAUCAAAAAGAACAAAGAUGGCAAACCAAGAAAGCGUUCGCAACACACGAAGGGUAAUAAAUUGUGGGAGUUUAUCAGAGAUGCGUUGAAAGACCCAUCAACUUGUCCGUCUGUUGUGAGAUGGGAAGACCCGAUUGAAGGAGUAUUCCGUAUCGUGGAGUCAGAGAAGCUGGCUCGGCUGUGGGGAGCUCGAAAAAACAAUGAAAAAAUGACAUAUGAAAAGCUCAGUCGAGCGAUGAGAACCUACUACGAAAAGCAAAUACUGGUUCCAGUCCCAAAAACUGGUCUUUAUCCGAAGAAACUGGUGUACAAGUUCGGACCAGGUGCCCAUGGUUGGGAAAAUGUAAAGGGCAUUUAAAUGGUUUCCAAGAAAUUCCAGUCAAUCAGUGUCAGGUAUUGAAUAGCACAGCAAUGCUAUUCAUUGGAAGAAUUCUAAACCAAACAGAAACUCAAAUAUACAAAUCAAAUUCCAGUUUUUUGAUCUCUAAUUGAUGUAUUCAUUGGUAGUCGUAUGGGAACACAUUAACUUAUGGUUUUUUUUUCGUCGUUAUUAAAGUUUCCAUAUUUAAAAAUAUCUUAUCUUCUCUCAUCAUCAUCAUCAUUCAGUUUUCCCCGAAAAAUUUGAGUUUUGUGAUUUAUAAAUUUUGUAUCAAGAUUUUCUCAUUAAAAAAAUUCAUUUUUCCUUUCUAAUUUCAUUUUUCUAUCUUUUUUCCUUCAAUUUUCCUUAUUUUCAUCUCUCUCUCUUCCUGUUUCUCUGAAUUACCAUAAUUACCUCAAAAAAUUGUGCAAUAGUUUUACCCACUAUUUUUUGUUCUCCAGCCCUUUCCCGAAUCGAUCAUUUCUCUCUUUGUUGUCAUUUUAAAAACAUUUUGUCUUUUCUUUUUUGCUCUGAAUUGUCUCCUCCAAUUAUUCAAAUCUUGUGUCCCUAGAAAGAUGAAAAAAAAAGUUAUAAAAAUAAAUGGUUAAUUGAUUGAUA